AUGAUUUAUGAAAAUUUCAAGAAAUUGAUACAACUUCGAAGAACUUGCAAGGAAUGGAAUAAUCUGAUUCCAGCGGCUUGUAAAGAUGAAGUCUGUGGAUUUUAUAAGAAAUGGAAAUUUCGUCGGGACAAACAAGAUCCACUAUAUGAAGAUUUAGUUCCUUGUAAAAGCUACGAUUAUUUUAAAUUCAAAUUUAGAGAUGAUACAUAUUUAGUUCCAAAUGACAAUGAUAUUGAAAGAUUUAAAUCAGAAGUAUUUAUCAAACAAAAAAUUUUUGUUGAUGGGAUUUAUUGGUCAUUGUUUACAAAGUGGGAUAACAAACCAUCUUCAUAUUGUUUAUAUGAAGAAGUUGUAGAAUUAAAGAAAAUUAAAUAUCUUUUAUCGCCGGCUCGUGUUAUUUUUGAAGAUAUAGAUGAACUAAAAAAAAAAAGUAAGGAUUAUAAAAGAUAA